GUGACCCAACGACAAAAGGAAAAUGCAAAAACUGUUUUCUACACCUGUCCGUAAAAGUGCCUCGUUCAGGACAUCCAGAAGAUACGAGCAACCCACUAUUGCAUCUAAAUCCCGCUCACCAGCACCCUACACAAACCGACGCAUGUGUGAGUUAUCUGAGGACUCCAAACAAAGACUAACCCAGUUCAACCUAGGACCUCAUACAUUCAAGAAAGAGACAGAGGACAAGCCCCCCUUUGUAGUCAGACAUAUGGAGACAAGUCAAUCACCUGACACAUCUAUGAUGGUAUAUUCUACCAGAGAAUGCUCCAGGGGUCACAAUGAUCUGUCAGCACUGGACAGUCACAGACCCUCCCAUCCCCUAGGUUUGCACAGGAUGCACAUUGAUGACCUUCAAAUGUCCUUGGACAGUUUAAAUGACCCGAUGCCCCUAGAGACAGAAAGUGGUGCUGCGUCUCCUUACAGGUCUCACUUUUCUCGAUCGGCUACAUCAUCCGUACUAAGACACCCCCCUAGCCCUAUGCUAAACCGAUCUUCUCUCAGAGAGAGAUUCCAAUCUGAAAACCGAGCUUCAGCCAACUGGAAAGAGAUCCAUUGUCGCGUAAAAAAUAUAUUAAGGACACAUAGUGCUCGACAAAGGCUUGUUUUUGACAAGACUGACACUUGGAAGGAGCCCCAUAGUAAUAGUAUAGGAAACAGGACAUCACUUUCCACAAAAGAGUUGCACGACGGCCUUCCGAACACACGUGAUACCUCUGUCCAUUUAGACAAUGGGGAGUUCUGGUGCAAUAAAGCUUCCGCCUACAAGGGGAAGAGUCAACUGGUUAUCUUUGAAGAGGGUAUGGAAAAGAUCUACAAGAACAUGUACAGGAAUUCCUUGAGUCCACAUACUUACAGAAGAUCACACAAUUCCUAGGGUAAAAUGGGAACUUUAGUCUUGGAAAAAAAAUGCAUCUCUUUUGCAAUACCAAUAUAGUAUUAUUAUUAUUAUGAACCACUAAACAAGCGUUGA